CACAGUCAAACUGAAACUGAGCUGGUGCUGCGGGCAGACAGAUGCAGAGGACCCGGUGUGCCUCAUACCGAACAGAGGUUUCAUUCGGCUGAUGUUUUACAUCUUUAUGGGACGCAGCCCCGCCCUCUCUAACAUCUGGAGCUCGAUAGAGAAAGCACUCUGCCUCGUGCCCCGCGUGAUGUGUAUGUGUGUGUGAGGGAUAACUUAUGAAGUGACCGGCGUUAGCAUCUCACCGGAGGAGCCGUCGGUGCUGUGCUGGGCUGCAGGAAGCGGACUCAGUUUGAAGCUGGCAGGCGUAGGGGGAGGUAGCGAGCAUGGAUGAGCCAGGCAGCAGGAGCAGCAGCCUGCAGAGGAAAAAGCCACCAUGGCUCAAACUGGACAUCCCCAUCAUCCAGCUGACGCCGGACGACACGCCCACACUAACCCAGCCUGUGAAACGCCUGCGCAGUGUCAGCAUGCCAGGGGAAAACCCUCAGACCUGCAUCGCUGCCUUGGAAACUUCCAACAACUACCUCAGACCUCCUCUGGAGAGAUUGCCCUCCUUCACACAGUCCAUCAAGAGUGAGAAAAGGGUGCACUUUGAGCGUGUCAACACAGUUCCCCCAAAGGGCCAGAGGGGUCCCAGGAGGGUGUCAACCCUCCGAAGGCGGUCCUGCAUCCCCAAAAUACUGGCCCGACGGCGUUCAUCUAUACCCAAACAGAUCAUCAGGGGCACAGCUGACUGGUUUGGGGUGAGCAAAGACACCGACAGCACCCAGCGAUGGAGGAGGAAGAGCCUGCAGCACUGCAGCCAUCUGUACGGGGGUCUAAAGGCGCAGGUGAUGAGGGAGAUGGAGCUACACAGCCAGGACAAUCUCUCCCUGGCCAGCACUGAGACCCCUCCUCCCCUCUACCUCCCUCCCCACCACCCCAGUCACCACCACUAUGGCAUGCAGAGGAUUGUUGACCCCCUGGCCCGGGGUCGUGCCUUCCGCAUGGUGGAAGAGGUAGACGGCUUCAGUGUCCCGCAAACUCCGAUCACGCCCGGCACCGCCUCCCUCUGCUCCUUUUCCAGCUCCCGCUCCGCCCUCAACCGACUGCCACGGCGACGCAAACGGGAGUCUGUGGCAGUCAUGAGUCUAAAGGCUGCAGCAGCACUAAUGAAGGGCCGGACGUUAGCAGACAGCACCACUGGGCGAUGUCGCAGACGGAGUUUCUUACCUCCUAGUUUCUUUGAAGACGACACUGUGGACUUCCCAGAUGAAUUAGACACUUCUUUCUUUACCAGAGACGGCCUGCAGGAUGAAUUGUCCACUUAUGCUGACGAAGUUUUUGAGACACAAUCGGAGGCUGCCUUCAAACAGCUGGACGAGAGCGAGCUCACAGGAAGUGCGCUGGAUAAGAACGAACUGGAGAGGACUCACCUCAUGCUGCCCUUAGAGCGAGGAUGGCGGAAAGCAAAAGAUGGCUGUCUGGUCCAACCUAAGGUGCGUCUGAAACAGGAAGUGGUGAGUGUCAACCGACAGCAGCGGGGACAAAGGAUCGUGGUUCCUGUUAAGAAGCUGUUUGCCAGAGAAAAGAGGCCCUACGGGCUCGGCAUGGUUGGUCGUCUCACAAACCGGACGUACCGCAAGCGCAUUGACAGCUUUGUCAAAAGGCAGAUUGAGGACAUGGACAAUCACAGACCUUUUUUUACCUACUGGAUCACAUUUGUCCAUUUGCUCAUCACCAUUCUGGCUGUUAGCAUCUACGGCACUGCCCCUAUGGGCUUUUCACAACAUGAAACUGUCGACUCUGUGUUGCGGAAUAAGGGAGUUUAUGAAAAUGUUAAGUUUGUGCAACAACAAAACUUCUGGUGGGGUCCAAGCUCAGAGGCGCUGAUUCACCUGGGAGCCAAGUUUUCCCCAUGCAUGCGUCAAGACCAAGAGAUCCACAAACUGAUCCAAGAGAAGAGAGCGAGAGAGAGAGAGUCAGGCUGCUGUGUGAGGAACGAUCGCUCCGGCUGCCUGCAGACUUUACAAGAGGAGUGUUCAAGUACCCUGGCAGUGUGGGUGAAGUGGCCUCAGCACCCCAGUGCUCCCGACCUGAAUGGCAAACUACGCCAACAUGGUUCAGUCUGCCAUCAGGACCCAAGGAUUUGUCAGGAGCCAGCAUCAGUUUCACCUCAUGAGUGGCCUGAUGACAUUACCAAGUGGCCAGUUUGUACAAGAUACAACUCUGGGAAUCACACCAACCUCCCCCACAUAGACUGCACCAUCACAGGCCGGCCCUGCUGCAUCGGGACCAAGGGACGAUGUGAAAUCACUUCAAGAGAGUACUGUGAUUUUAUGCACGGCUACUUCCAUGAGGAAGCUACUCUCUGCUCACAGGUGGCGUGCAUGGACGACGUGUGUGGUUUGCUGCCUUUCCUCAACCCAGAGAUUCCAGACCAGUUCUCCCGACUCUGGCUGUCUCUCUUUCUUCAUGCUGGGAUCCUGCACUGUCUGGUAUCAGUGCUUUUCCAGAUGACCUUGUUGAGGGACAUAGAGAAGCUGGCUGGCUGGCUGAGAAUCUCCAUCAUCUACAUGCUAAGCGGCGUCACAGGCAACUUGGCCUCAGCCAUCUUCUUGCCCUACAGGGCAGAGGUGGGUCCUGCAGGCAGCCAGUUCGGCAUCCUGGCCUGUCUGUUUGUGGAGCUGUUUCAGAGCUGGCAGAUCCUGGAGCGACCAUGGCGGGCCUUCGCCAAGCUGCUGGCCAUCUCAGUCUUCUUUUUCUCCUUCGGUUUGCUUCCUUGGAUCGAUAACUUUGCCCACAUCUGCGGUUUUGUGUCGGGAUUCUUCCUGUCCUUCGCCUUCCUGCCAUAUAUCAGUUUUGGGCGUUCUGACAUGUACCGGAAGCGGGUCCAGAUCUGCAUCUUCCUGCUUGUCUUCUUGGGUCUGUUCUCCGCCCUGGCCGUCCUCUUCUAUGUCUACCCUGUGAAGUGUGACUGGUGCGAGUACCUUACCUGCAUCCCCAUCACAGACAAGUUCUGCGAGAAGUAUGACCUGAACGCUCACCUCCUCUGAACAUUGGCCUUUGAAAUGUCAGCUGGACUGUUUGUGAACUGGGGUCAUGCCAUUUCUAAAUGUUGUAUGUUGAUGAAGUUGAACUUUACAUAGGGUGCUGCAGUGCAACUUGUGACUGAGCAAGAACGUUCCUCCUGGAAUAAUGACCAGGAUUUCAGGAUGUCAUGUGAAUGCAUUUGUUUUACUGUUUUUGAAGGUAAAACAGACCCAUUAUGAGUAAAGGCUAUGCAUGAAAGCCUUCAGGCAUUUGAUUAAAAAUAUUCAAAUGCAUGGGAACAAAGUUAACAAUGUAAAGCUGACUGAAAAGGACUAAUAACUGAUUUAUGUGUGAUUGAUCUCUAGCUGGGCUAAUCAAUCUGCUAAUCAUCCAGUCACACUGGAGGAGAGUUACAAAGACAGUUGUUUCCUGCCAAAUUAUUUAUCUGUCUUCUUUGGUAAAAUGGACGAAACUGCACCCCUUAGUGGCCAAAAGGAAAAGUACAGUGUGAGACAGCUGCAAUGGAUAUUUUCUCUUUUUACUUUUUUACUGAUGUCCAAACAGUUUUGUCCAUUUACUGGAUGUCCAAGAAAUGGGACUUAAAUGUGCCUUAUUGACACACAACCACACAAGCUGUCUUUUUGUGCCAUGUAACAGUUUGUGUCAGCUGUUUCUGCAUUUCACAUUCUGACAAAAUCAUGUAAAAUAUGUUUUUACUUCAAUAUUUGGUGGCUGUAUUGCCAUUUUAUUACCGCACUGGAAACCUGAGUUUCUGCCACAGCCUUCAAUCACAAAUGGAUUGUUUUUUUUUAUAUUCACCUGUGUUACAUCAGCACAGAACACACUUAUGUAUGUUAAUCUGCUCCAUUGUGAAUACCUGUUACUGAAGCGAAUUUGUGUUUUGUUUUGUUUUUUACUUUGGUGGCGUUUUAGCUACCUGACAAUAAACACAGCAAGUCACAGGGUCA